AUGUGCAUAGCGCCUCCAAGUCAUCAACAGGCUCAAUUUUUGUGUUCAGGGAAAUUCUUCAUAGGAAACUCUUCGUUCCCUGAUAUAUGUGCUUUGAUCGAAUACGUUCGAGAGCAGAAACCGGUCACCAACCAGUCAGGAGCGAAGCUGCUCUCGCCAGUGAGAAAGCAGAAAUGGGAACUCAAACAUGACUGGAUCAAACUGGACAAACUACUCGGUGAAGGCGCAUUUGGGGGUGUCUACGCUGGGACUCUGACAACACCGGAUUUCACCAGAAAGGUGGCCGUCAAAGUUCACAAAGGACGCACUGUCAGCAAGGAACAGAUAGCGGAAGAUUUGCAAGGAAGCGCGAAUCAUGCGGCGCUAUCGACACCCGAAUGUUGUCAAGUUCUACGGUGUUGCUGUAGAGAA